AUUACAUUACUGAAAUUGCAAACACACCUAAGAUGAAACUUAGGGACAUGAUUGCCGAUAUCAAACAAAGGUUGAGAUGUGUAGUAUCCAUUGGGCAAGUCCGUAGGGCAAAAAAAUGGGCCACUGAGUUGAUUGAAGGAAAACUAAUUGAACAUUAUGCUAGGGUAUGGGAUUAUGCUGAUGAAUUAUUAAGGUCCAACCCAGGUUCAACAUGCAAAGUUAGUGUCACUGUCAAUCCAGAUGGGAAGAACUACUUCCACAGAUUUUACAUUGGUUUCAAAGCUUUAAGUGAUGGAUGGAAAUUAGGGUGUAGAAGAGUAAUUGGUUUGGAUGGAUGCUUCCUGAAAGGACAGGUGAAGGGUGAGUUGUUGACUGCCAUUGGUAGAGAUGCUAAUAACCAGGUGUAUCCUAUAGCAUGGGCUGUUGUUGAUGUUGAAAACAAGCCUAACUGGACUUGGUUUAUUGAGCUUCUUAGAGAUAGUGUAGACCUUCAUGAUGGCAGAGGAUUGGUGGUGAUAUCUGACCAACAUAAGGGAUUGGUUGAAGCUGUAAAAGAUAUACUCCCAAAUGUUGAGCACAGGCAAUGUGCCAGGCAUGUUUAUGCCAAUUUCAAGAAAGCAUACACAGGGUUGGAGUUCAAGAAAUUAUUUUGGGCUGCAUCAAUGAGUUGUGUAGAAAGUGACUUUAUGAGGCACAUGGAAACCAUCAAGAAGUUGAGCCCAUCUGCAUAUGAGUACUUGAUGUCAAGACAACCAAAAACAUGGUGUAGAGCUUACUUUGAUAGGGGUUAUGCGUGUGAAGCAGUUGAGAAUGGAAUCUCUGAGUGUUUCAACUCAAUCAUUGUUGAUGCUAGGAAAAAACCCCUUAUCACAAUGCUUGAGGAGAUCAGGAUAUAUAUAAUGGACAGGUUUUCCCACAUGAUAGAGGAAAAUGUUAAAUGGAAAUCAAAUGUUUGUCCUGCUAUACUUAGGAAAAUGCAGUUGUUUGGGAAAAAUAUGAGGUUAUGGGUUGUAGUUCAUAGUCAAGGACAUGUUUUUGAAGCUAGAAGAGGAUGUGACAGCUAUAUGGUGGACUUGGACAGCAGGGCUUGCAGUUGCAGAUUAUGGGAUUUGUCUGGGAUCCCAUGUGUACAUGCAAAUGCUGUCAUCAACUACAUCAAUCAAACACCAGAUGUAUAUAUUGAUGGGUACUUUUCAAAGGAAAAUUUUAAAAAGUCUUACUCCUCUAAUAUAAAACCAGUGAAUGGGAGUAAUCUUUGGAGCCAAACUGGAUUCAUAAAGCCAUUGCCUCCUUUGGCUAGGAGAAUGCCAGGUAGGCCUACUACCAAAAGGAAGAGGCAUGCUAGUGAGCAAGAGGGGAGGUUUUCAUCAACAAGGGUAUUUGUACCAAGAACAGUAAGAUGUGGGAAAUGCUUAGAGUAUGGCCAUAAUCAAAAAAGUUGUAAGAAUGAGAAAAAACCAGUAGUACCCUUGCUACCAAAGAAAAGAGGCAGACCAAGGAAACAUCCAUUGUUAACUGAAUAUGAUGAGUCAUUAAGAGCUUCUCAAUCCAGUCAGCCUCCAAUGCAGAAAAACAAGUCAAAGAAAGAAGCAUCAAGUUCCAAGGUUUUAAAAGCCUCAAGGUCCAAAAAAGAAGCAACUGAAUUUGAUGAAUCAUUAAGAGCUUCUAAAUCCAGUCAGCCUCUAAAGAAGAAAAACAAGUCAAAGAAAGAAGCAUCAAGUUCCAAGGUUUUAAAAGCAUCAAGGUCCAAAAAAGAGGCUACUUCACCUCAUAAAGAAGAUGUUUCUGCAACUCAAAAAGAAGUUGUUGAUGGUAUUCAGAUUGGGGAAGGUGAUGGAAUUCAGAAUGAGGAUCAUGGUGAUAGUAUUGAGCCUGGGGAUCAUGGUGAUGAUAUUCAGAUUGGGGAAGGUGGUGGUAUUGAGACUGGGGGUCAUGGUGAUGAUAUUCAGAUUGGGGAAGGUGGUGGUAUUGAGACUGGGGGUCAUGGUGAUGAUAUUCAGACUGGGGAUGUUAAUGAUGUUAUUGUUGAAGAUUGUCAUAUUGUUGAAGAAGUAGAAGUGGUUGAUGUUGGAAAAGAAGAUGUUUUGCUUCCAAGGGUUGGUUUAGAUCUACACAAAGUGCUUGAUGAGGUUGAGCAGGGGCUGGACGAAAUAUUAGGGGAGGGUAGUUUUCAACAACAAUCAGAAACCUAUGAUGCUACUCAAUCAGAUUAUGAGGGUAAUGUUGAGUUUAAUGAUGGAAAAGCUGAUGGUGUCCUUGUAGAUAAGGUAAAACUGGAUGCUGAACAGAUUGCAUCGAUGUUGGAAGCAGGAUAUAGCAUGGAAGAAAUUGAAGGUAUGGAAGGGGUAGAACUGGAACUGGAUGACAUGCUACCUGUUGAGCUGGAUAUGGAAGAUGUAUUGGAUCAUCCUUCUGAUAAUGAUGAUGAGGCUGUUAUUGAUGAUGUUGAUGGUAUUGUUGAUGGUGGUGGUGAACAAGAAGAAGGAGGUGAUGAUGGUCACUUGGGUGAUGAUGAAGGUGAACAAGAAGAAAGAGGUGAUGAUGAAGGUCCUGAUGAUGUCCCUAGAUUGACAAGGUUGAGAAAACCCUCUGAAAGGAUCAUUUUGCAGAAGUUGAAGAAGACAGUGCUUGACAAAAAUGGAGGUGGUUCAUCUGCUAGCAAUCCAGUUAGGUUGGAGUAGUUGGUUAAGUGUUUUGGGGGUGUAGUGGGGAGGGUAAACACGGGCAGAUGGAGCCCUUUUUGCUAAAUAUUAUUGUCAUUCCACCCACUAAAUGCAGCAUACAUCCACUUGUUUUAUGUUAUAAACUUGGUUGCCUUUUUUGAUAAUUUAUUUAGGUUUUUGGAUACAAUUGGAUGGCUGCUACGUAUUAGUGAGAUGUAAAAAACCUUAUGCAAUUAAUACACCCCCUUUUAUUUGUGUUAUGAUGAAUGUGUUAUCCAUUGUUGUCAAUUUUUAUUACCAUUUUAUGCAUAUUACUUUCCCAUUUGUGUUAUGGUGAACAUGUGUACCAUUAUUGGCACAUUUGAAAACCAUUUAUGCAUCUUGCUUCCCAUUUGUGUUAUGGUGAAC